GAACUUCUCCAACAUUCAAAGAAAUCAAAGCUAGAAAUGAAGAAAAGAAAAGCAACUUCUUACCAAAAGUCAAAGAAAUCUUCCUUUGUAUUUUAACCCUCCAUUUGACCGAAUCCAUCAUUACUUUGUACUCGAUAAAAUAUUAUUCAACUUUCCUAGCGAGAAAGUCUGUUUGCAUCCUUAACUUAAAUGGCCUUUGAAGCUAUUGUGUCGUUCAAUGUGUUCCGCGAUAUCGUGAACCUCAAUAUAUCAACGCGCGCCAAAGAGUACAAUCAACCAUAAGAAUUGUCGCACAUACAAUCCAAAUGCUUCACCAUAUACAGUUUUGAUCUCGCUUCUCAUUGAGACGCGUAGCCCCAAAAAUAUCGGCGUGUCGUUUUGCUUGAAAAGUGAAUUUGACUUCCUAUUGUUCAUACUGUCAAAAUUAUCCGGAUAGCUUCACAAGAGCAAAGAGCUACCGUUUUCCAUACUCGAGAAGCCGUACUGCUUAUAAGACUUCUCCUUAUAUCAUCUUGCUUCCGGCUUCUCGCUUCAUCUUCUUUUGACAUCCGCAAGACGAGAUUGUAUGAAAGUUAGUACUACGAUUUACAACAACUUCAAGGGUACGACUCUGCUAUUGUUUUCAUUCUUUCAGUCUGCAUUAGCAUCCUUGGUCGGAUUUAUGCAGUCUUAUUCGGCUGCAUCUUUCGAAAUACUGAAAAUUCCAUACUAAUUCGUACAUCUGCAGAUAUCCAUCCCUGAUCUCGAGUCUUUCGGAGCUCUCAACUCCUCACGGUACAACUGCUAAGAUAGAAAAUUCAACAAGAAAAUGUCUACAAGACGAACCACACGAGCUGGCAGUCGCGCUGCUAGUAGUGUUGGCGGAACCCAUGCUGUUGGUCCUGAAGAUAUUCCAGCCGCUCGAACACCAGGUAGAGGUCGUCCUAGAAAAUCAGGUGGCUCAGUAGCUGGUUCUGAACGUGGCAAUGGUCUCCCUCCUAUGGCAGCUUCUACUAGUACUGCAUACGGUACAAAUACACUUGCACUUCCAAAUUAUGCCCCAAGGAGUGCACCUUUGGCCAAUGAUAUUUCUUCCGUAAUCGAAGGUCUCCUAGAGCCGGAACCUGUAAACAGGGGAACCAGACCUAGACCGGUUUCUCCUCGAGCACCAGUUCCCGAUAGUAAGUUUUUUCAUUUCGACUUUUACUUCUAUGGUUUUUCGCUAACUUUGUAAGUCGAUGCCCCUGCUGCUCAACCAAAGCCUGGCGCUCCCGCUCAUAUCCCCACUAUGCGUUCGAGGUCUGGGCCUACCAAACGAAGAGUUCCUCCUCCUGCUGUUGAUCGGAAUUUUCAAAAUGAAAGUCAAUUGUAUGACAAUGCUAGCAUUAUGUCGGGUUCCUACCAACAAGACGAAUUUCAUGUUUCGGGCCCUUCCUACGAUGAAGGCGAGCUGAACCGCCGCACCGCGUUACGAGGCAUUGCCCAGGAGCAACAAUACAUGCGUGGUGGUGCUCCAGGGUGGAAUUUUUUGGAUCUUGGUGAUGAAACUACUUUCGACUUCAAACACGCUCUAAGAUCACCACUUAGCUUGUGAGUAAAUUUGAUACUGUAAUUCGGGCAAUGGAGCUGACAUAGUAUUUUUAUAGCUUCAAAAAGUUGGGAAAAGCCUUCUUCAGCCUUUUCGGCAACAUGACAAAAUCUUUACUGCCGUUACUUCUCCUUGGCUCUAUUAUAUUCAUCUCAUGGAUAGCCUAUCUAAAUAGCGGGGGUCCUAGCAUACAUUGGUAUGGCUCCGACGUCUCGGCAAACAUCAAACAAUUUAUUCCGUCGCAAAUUAGACAUCCGUCUCGGAUUUUCGCCCCGGAAGAUCUUAAAGAUGUUUACCGUCGGUUGGAUAUUGCCGAAUCUGACAUCGUGUUCCUCAAACAUCGUUCUUCUAUCGACAAAAACGCUCUUGCAGAAAUUCAGAAAAUUCUUCCCGAUUUCAUUGCUCUUGACAAGGACGAUAACGGCAAACCAGCUCUCCCAGCAAGUCUUUGGCAAGCCAUGCGAGAAAAGAUUCGGGCUGAUCCGUCCCUUAUUCCACCCCCUGUCAUUAUGACUCCUGGGCGUUCUUCCGAUACUUCCACUAAAUCCGAUAGUCGCGACAAUGAAGUGUUCAAUUCAAAACAAUUUGAUCGAUAUCUUGAGAGCAACAGAGCCAAGAUUCAAAGCUGGGCCGGCUCUGAGUUUGAUGUUCUCCAUCAAACUCGAUUGCAACAACUUAUCAAAGAUGGCAAGAUCGCCACAAGAGAGAAUGUUGUGGAAUUAGUCAAAAAGAGUUACAGAGAUGAGGCGCGGGAAGUCAAAUCAGAACUCCAAAAAGUCACCAAAGUCUUAGAAGAAAAGGUGGCAAGCCUUGGAAAACAAGCGCUUACUGCGGAGCGAGUGAAAGAACUUGCGAACGAAGUCGUUAUCGCGCAGGUUGAAGCUAUCACCAAAGCGAAUGUCAACAAGAAAACCGUUCAAUCCCUUCAACGCAUGGAUCACUUUGCCAAACGUUCCCAUUCUGCAGUUAUUCCCCGUCUCACCUCACCAUCUUAUCGUUUCCCACAUAUGGACUUUGGCUUCAUCCGCAGGAGCAUCGCUCUCAUCGCCAACCAUCCCAUCCCUCUCCCCAACCCCGCUGAUGCAGCUCUCACCUCAUGGGAAGACAUUGGCGAUUGUUGGUGCUCAGCACAACAAAAUGGCAAUGGUCCUACACUUGGUGUCAUUACGGCCAACUAUAUCUGGCCCGACCAAGUCGUUGUUGAACAUUAUCCUCAAUCCGGCUACGUCAAUUCUGGCCUCUCGCCUCUCUCAGCACCCAGACAAAUGGAGUUACUGGUCUACAUUUCUCACAAACCCACGUACCUCAAGGUUAAAUCUAUGUCGGAUCAAAUCUUUCCCGAAGCUAAUUACCGUGAUCUCGAAUCUGGUUGGGUACAAGUGGGCGCAUGGUCAUACGACGCUUUUGGUUACACUCAGCAAGCUUUCCCCUUACAAAUUGAGCUUAAGGAAUUUAUAUCAGAACCGGAAAAUAAUCUCAAAAAUGAUACCUCAGCCACUAACAAGUUUUUGGUUAGGAGUAAAGGAAAUCAUGGAAGGGGUGCAGUGCCUUAUACAUGUAUUUACCGCAUUCGAUUACAUGGAGAUGUUCGACCUGAUGAGGAAACAUUUUAUACUCCUGAUGCUUCACAGGUUUGAGGUGCAUAAGUAAAUCAAUGGCGUUUUCCCUUUUUGGAACUGUUGGGUUUGGUUCAGGUGUAUUUGGUGGGGCCUUUUUAUAUGGUGUGGAGUAUUGGGAAUGGGAAAUGAGCAAUGGGAAAUAGGAAAUGGAUUGGGUCAAGUGGGUGGUUGUACUUACUUGAUAACUUGUUAUAUGAAUGAAGCUGGAUUGUACGGUAACGCAACGCAAGGGAUUGGACUGGACUGGCGUUGCGUGAUCGGAUACCUGGUGUUGAGUAUUACUCGGGCGUUGUGUAUGAAAAAUGAACGUGGAUCUUUUGAAUUAU